AUGGAAGCGAUCGACCCGAUAAAUUCGCCGGAAGGCGAAGCCACGGCCGCCGCCACCGUCGAGCCCAGUGCGCGUGACCUGAACCCGGGUUCGACGGUGGCCAAAUCCACGGCUGUUGUAAGCAAGUGCCGCGGUGAGCUUACACUGACACCGGAAGAAGCUGAAAAAAUAAACCAGCUGUUAUCGCAAGAAAAUUACAGAUUCCUUGUCUACACCCCGCCGCCGGAAUCCAGCAAGAUGUGGAGGAAGCCAGCCGAUUACGAAUCCAUUCACACUCUCAGCGACAGAGGCGGAGCCAGCGGAUCGUUUGAAAGCCGCCGCAGCAAGUCGCAGUUUUCGCUCAAAUCGGGGGACAGCCGGGAGGACGAUGCGCGGACCGUCUCAUCCAUCGACAACGCAGAGAAACGGUCGCUUCGCAAGCGCAAGCAGCGCGUACGAUACUACGACGAGUUCGUGCCGGACUUCACGGAAAGCAACUAUCAGGAAAUUAGUCACGAAAAGUCGCAUAAAUCGCAAAAGGACGCACCCAGGAAGCAGCAGUCGGGCAGCUACGAGCGGCAGCCGGCGCAACAGCUCUACCGUGCUGUGCCGAUCCUCAGCAGAAAUCUGCCGAAACUGCCCAAGGACACGUGGGAGUACACCGCAUAUCGCACGCUGCAGGCCAUCAAGUACAUGGACAAUGACAAGUGGUUCUGGUACCCCGUGGACCCGGUGGCCGACGGCGUGCCGGACUACCCAAAGGUGGUGCACACUCCCAUGGACUUCCAUACGAUCAUCGAACGGCUGCACAUGAGGCAGUACUCCAACCCGUUCGCCUUCCAGUGCGACUGCAGGCAGAUAUUUUUCAACGCGUUCCUGUUCUACCAGCCAAACAACGUGAUCUGGCAGGCAGCGGAGCAUCUCGCCAAGGCACUGGAGGAGAAGCUGCAGAGCACGCGCUAUCUGCACCCCGACGAGUUCCACACGCUGCUGCAGAAGGGGGAGGACGCAAUGCGAGCUACGUUGCUUGAGUACAACCAGACAACAUUCCUGCGCAAGGCCAAAUGGAACGCUGCAUCGCUAGGCCUGGACUACGCUGAGGCCAUGAAACCGCUCGAAAAGCGCAAGGCCGCGCAAAACCACCGCAGCAAGGACAUCAUUGACGAGUACAUGUACGCCAUCGACGAUGAUGACGACAGCUUCAACGAGCUCUCCUCCGUAGCCUCCGCUGACGACUUCGCGUUGCCCGUGAACGCCGGCAGGAGCCGACCCAAGAAAACUAAGAGUAAGGUCCCCUAUUGGAAGAAGUACAAUGUCAAUCCGAAGAAUAAGUUUGAUAACUUAUCGGAGGAAAGCGACUCAGGGUCACGGUUAAAGUUCGAGGGAGAAUUCCCAGUACCCGAUGUCGGACGCGUACUACCGCCCCCGCCGCCAGUACCAUCCAUGCAUAAGGCGUCCCCACUAGAGAAGGGCAUCACUUUGAUUCAAACACGCACUCUCAACGUCAACCUCUCGAGGCUGGCGCCGAAUCAGCGCAAGGCGGCGCUUGAACUGAUCGAGGACGACCUCGGUAUUGUAGGGGAGACGUUCAUGUACGAUCGCACGUUCACCUUCGAUCCCAGUCUGCUCCCAGUGGACAAGCAGAGGCGGGUGUUCAUUUACGUCAGCGCUAUGGUGAAACGCAACCUCGAGGACAUGCAGGCCACGUUUACGCGCAAAAAGAAGCCGAAGCCGCAAAAGGAUGUCCCUGUUCACGAUGCCAAUGAGAUUUCCAGGCCCAACCCGUCGGAGAUCUUCGACGCCUCCAGCAGCAGCUCGUCCAUCUCGGACGUGGCGUCGAACUUCUUGAGUUCCGAUGACUUCUUCGACUCGUCGGACGACGAACCAGUCAGCGCCAACGGCAAGUCGGAGAAACCCGCGUCCAACGACGCCCCGCUGCCGGAGUACACGCCGGUGGACGAGCAGAAGUCGGAGAAGGUGCAGCUUACACGCGGGAUCAUGGGAGACCACGCGGACUUCUUCACCCACGUCGAGUCGCCCCCGCUAAACGAAGACGGCUCCCAGGGGCAACAGGGCAAGAAGAGCGCGUGGAUGGAGUGGAAGGGUCAGGCCAUCCACCACGGUACCGUCGCGCAGGAGAACGGCGUCGAGCCGCUCAGCGUCGACGAGAAGAUCGCGGAGUCGUUCGACGCCCGAAUAUAA